AUGGGGGACACAUAUUGGGGAGAUCCGAUUUUGGAGGAAAAGUUACGCUGGGUCGACCCGUCCUACCCCCAGCAACAGCAUACGGAUGUCUUAGCCGAUCUGCCUCAGAGCGUCAGUCUUCUGAUCGAGCUCGAUUUGCGUGGCAUCGAGCCUCCAAAGUUCCUUCCACUAUUGGACACGCUGCCUGCUACUUUACAGGUCCAGAAGCCAGAAACUGCACAAAUCUUCCUCUGCGCCUCAUUCACAGACGCGAAGUCGAUAUUCCAACGUCGCAAGAUGGAAGCUUCGGCAGGAUACAUCGAACAAGUAACACGCGAUGUACGUCGCUUCCCGUACAACAAUAUACCUAGCACCACCGAACAAUUCCUUAUGCCAUACGAUCCACGAUGCCUUUUGGACUGGCUUUCAAUUCAACCUGGCCGAGUUCAAAAGAUGCUCUUACCCGAGUAUGUUGCGAUGCCAUCAAAGCCACACGCUGAUCAGCUUGUUGUGCGCAGUCAGGUCCAUUUGACCCGAGGUGCAGACAAUCGGUACAUGGCUGUUUGGUUCGAUUUCCGAGACGCAUAUACAUCGGAUGGCAAGAUGGUGACUACUGCACAUGACAACUUUGCUAUCCCACCGUCAGCUUGGCAACGGCAAUUUGCUUGUCGGUUCCAGGGAUUACUCAAUGAGCCUAUACGCCAUGCCAAGGAUUUUCCCGGUUUCUUGCUUAUCGAUCUCUUGAGAACUGAUAUAAUGGUAUUUGAAAAAUUCGUCUCGAGAGAUCAAGAGCUACUACCUGUAGCCACUCAUGCCCCUGUCGUUGUGGGAUACCUUGAAAAGCGGCUCGAUGGUUUUGAACUCACUCAGUCGAUGAUACGUAAAUCCGAGGAUAUCCAAAGAUACAUCAACCACAUGAGUACCCCACAGGCCCUGGAAUCUAUCGCUAGUGAGUCUCUCUCAAGCUACGAACAAAGUCUUCGUCGCCUUGAGAUUGAAAGCUCGCUCCUGGUCUCAAACCUUAGGCGACGAGAAACUCUGGCCGACAAACGUUUGGAAGUAUAUAAUCAGUUCGCACAGCAACGGCAAGCUUCAAGUCUAUCGGCUUUGACCUACUGUGCCGCCUUUUUCCUGCCGCUCUCGCUUGCUGGUACAUUUUUGAGUAUGCAAAAUCGAGCUAGAGAUCUACGCUGGAUUGUGUAUGAUUUUUGCGGUAUCACUACGGUGUUUUGCACCGUUGCUGCGCUGGUCUACCUUUUGUCUUGGGCAUGGUCUCAUUUAAAAACACUGCAUCUAAACAAGCGGUUGGAGAAGGGCAAGACUGAAAUCACGGUGAUAGGACAACCUCGGUAUUCAAAGUUCUUGUUCGGUGUCGCAUGGAUGUUGAUGGUAGCAUCGUUUCUUGUUGGCAUGCUGCAUGAUCUCCGACUGGGUCUCAUCAUGCUUACUGCACCCGCAGCUGUUGUUGUGUUAUCAGGACCUGGUUCUCUCAUUCUCUCCUUGAUCCAAGCUUUAAGAACACUGAGCACAGAAAGGACUAAAGAUGAUAUCAAGGAGGAUCUCGAGGCUGGGGGAGGUGAAGCCAGAGAUCCAAGCAUGGCAUAA